AUGAUUCGACAAUCGCUUGUCGAUGAGCGUGUAUCAGCGCUUCAUCAUCAUGCACUUCAGUCACCUGGCGACAGUGAUGGUGAUAUGUCAAAACCAACAGCACGUCGUUUCCCGGCUCCGGUUGCGUCUCGUAUUGUUAUAAGAAAAAAUUCAUCUUUGGUACACAUAAGCGAUGAAGCAACAAUUAAAUCAUCAUCAACAACGCCUUCACCGACACCCACCGUCGAUCCGCGUUCACGUGUUGAACUGCUUGAGCGAAACCUUCGUUAUGUUCAACAUCAACAUGAAAUCACUUUGAAUGAUUUACACAAUGAAAUUGCUCGACUUCAACAAGAAAAUCGAGAUCUUCAUUUUCGUAUGAUCGAUAUUCGUCCAUCAUCAACAUCAUCGCGAAGCAAACAACGGAAAUCUAGUAUUGCGCCCAAUACUCAGCAAAUCAAUGACCUAACACAAAGUGAACCUGUGCUUGAAACAAUCAUAGUUCAGUCUGGUGAAAAACGUCUACAAGAAGUGCAACGUAUUCAUUUUGAACAACAAAUUAAUGAACUUCAAACACGAUUAAUCGAAACUGAACAAAAGAAUGAAUAUUUAAUGCGUACUAUCGAUGAAUUAAAUCAAGCAUCAUCGUUUCAAAUACCGCAGGCAUCUUCAUCUAUUGUACCAGUUUUACUACCAGAUCCAAAUAUAUCAUCUGAGAUACACAUAACGCAUUCUAUUAAUACUAAUGAUAAUACAAUCAGUAAUCCAGAACAGGCAUCAAUGAAUGAUGCUGACUAUCAACAUUUAAUGCAAACUUAUUAUGACAAACAACGACAACAAGUACUUGAAAUCGCAAGAUUACGAGCUGUAUUGCGUGAAAUACUUCAGGCUGAACGAUUAAGUUCAACAUCGAAAACACUUGUUCGUGAUUGUUUAGCAUCAACAAGUAUCAGCGAAAAUUCAAUAGCAAUGUCAACAACACCAAUCGAUACAUCAUUCAGUAUUGGAAAUCAACUGCCACAGAAUCCACUACAACACCGAUCUAUUGCUUCAUCAUCAACAGCUGGAAAAGGCUUAUCACUUCGACAUGAAUUACCUCUUCGACGUCUUAAUCUUUCGCCGCCUCACACAAAUGUACCGAGAUCAAUGGUUCAACAUCGUCAACUGGAACAACGUUUAAUUUUACCACCUAUAGCACAAGCUAGUAGUUUACUAUCGUUAGCAGAUCCAACUACUGCUACUAAUAGUGCUUUGUUAAACAGCUCAUUGAGCCCAACAAAUGCUGGAUCACAGCAACAAUUAUUGAAAUUAGGCGAAACACCCAUAGCACGACGAGAAAGACGCACUCAGGAAUUACAGAGGACGAGAUUAACAAGAAAUCUUUAUCAUUGA